AUGUUGAUCAGACUUCGUGGGCCGGAUGGCAUGAUCCGCAUGACGUUAGACCCAACAACAACAUUUGGCGACUUGGGACAGCAGCUGCUUGCUCAACUACCUUCGACCAUUGACCCAAAAACAAUCGUCCUGUCAAACUCCCCGACCGGUCGUGAUGCGAAGAGGCUAGGUGAUAUUGUUCAGUUUCAGAUCGGUCAGAUCGGCCUCAAGCAUGGCGAUCUGAUAUUCCUCAGCUACCAACACGAGACUGAAAAUGAUACCAACGGCGAGAUUCCCGCCCCCGUGACUUCUGCCAGACUCAACGGCAAGCCUGUUCUGCCCACAGAGGACUUCCCCAUCGACCCCAAGCCCGAAAGAAUCUCGAAGCCCUGGGAGACCGUAAAGCAGUCGGCCUUGGACGACCGGUUGGAUAAGCUGGAUGGUAAGAUUCCUCGAGGUCGAGAUCGGAUGUGUCGACACGGACCCAAAGGCAUGUGCGAUUAUUGCCAGCCCUUGGACCCCUUCAACCCAGGCUAUCUGGCAGACAAUGGAAUCAAAUACCCUUCUUUCCACGCUCAUCUACGCAAGAUAAACUCCGCGACGAACAAACCAGAAUCCGGAACGUCAUAUAUACCUCCUCUCGUGGAGCCAUAUUUCCGAGUCAAGAGAGACUGCCCAUCCGGCCAUCCGGCUUGGCCAGAAGGCAUUUGCACAAAGUGCCAACCGAGUGCAAUUACUCUCAAUCCUCAGACAUUCCGCAUGGUGGACCAUGUCGAAUUUUCUAGCCCUUCCAUAAUUGACGGAUUCAUUGAUACCUGGCGGAAGACUGGCUCGCAACGACUUGGCUAUCUUUAUGGCCGAUAUGCAGAGUACACCAAAGUCCCACUUGGAGUGAAGGCUGUCGUGGAGGCUAUUUAUGAACCGCCGCAGGUCGAUGAGAUUGAUGGAAUCAGCAUGAAAGCCUGGGAGAACCAGAAAGAAAUUGAUCAUAUUGCUAAGCUCUGUGGAUUGGAACCUGUAGGUGCCAUCUGGACAGACUUACUCGAUUCAGGACAUGGCGACGGAUCCGUUGUUUGCAAACGCCACCUCGAUUCAUACUUUUUGUCAUCUCUUGAGAUCUGCUUUUCAUCUAGGCUGCAGGCGCAAUACCCCAAGCCCUCAAAGUGGAGUGAUUCUGGCCAGUUCGGCUCCAAUUUUGUCACUUGUGUCAUCACAGGCGAUGAAGAAGGAAACAUUGCCAUCUCAGCAUAUCAGAUGUCCAAUGACGCUGUCGAAAUGGUGCGAGCUGAUAUAGUUGAGCCGUCAGCAGACCCCAACUCUAUGCUUGUUCGCGAAGAAGAGGAAGAUGACGGCUCGCUCAGUCGGACGAGAUACAUUCCCGAAGUGUUUUACAGCAAGGUGAACGAAUACGGGGCAAAAGUACAGCAGAACGCCAAGCCAGCGUUCCCUGUUGAAUAUCUCUUUGUGACUCUAACACACGGCUUCCCGGACGAGUCCAAGCCCACAUUUACGCAGACAGGAUUCCCCAUCGAGAACCGCGAAUACAUUGGCGAGAGUCAAGAGCAUUCGGCCCUGGCACGAGCGUUGAACUUGCGAUCUGGCCAGAAAGCCAGUGACAACGGCCAAGAAGUAUCAAACUUUCACAUUCUCUGCUUCAUCCACACACUCGGAGUUCUUUCAAAGGAUGAGGAAGCUCUUCUCUGCCGCGUUGCCACCCAGCAUGAUCUUGCCGACUCAUUCCAGCUCCGCUCUACGCAAGGUUGGCAGACACUACAGGCCAUCCUGAAAUCGACUGGUGAGCGAAUCCCCAAGCGUUUACGGGAGCACGAUGAAGUUCCGCUGGCGACCGCGUCUUCUUCGCUUUCUUCAUCUUCUUCUUCAUCUUCUUUGCACUCCAAGGCCCCUUCUGUUGUUAGUGAGCCGGGUGAGCCACUUGCUAAACGGUUUGCUGCCUUCAGGCUGAAUGAACGUCGUGCCGCAACUCCAAGCAAUCUUUCGCCACCACCGCCGCCGCCUCCUCCUUGA